AUGAAGUCUGUUGUAUCUUCGGCGCUUCUUCUGGCACUGCCAGUUUUCGCACUUCCGUCUUCUCUUCACGAGCGCCAGGACGCAUGCAAAGCUCUACCAGCGAACUACGCCUACUCGCCAGCAAGUUCAAAACUCCCAGAUCCAUUCACCUUUGCAGACGGUACCAAGGUCACCACCAAGGCACAAUGGGCAUGUCGUAAACAAGAGAUCUUGCAGCUCUUUUACUUGCAAGAGCUCGGUGACAAGCCAGCCAAACCGGAAUCGGUCACUGGAACUGUCUCAGCUACCUCGAUCAGCGUCAAGGUAACCAACGCAGGAAAAUCAAUCUCAUUCUCCGCAACCGUCAAGAUGCCAAGUGGAGUUACUGGAGCAGCGCCAGCUAUAAUCGCCUAUGGGGGUGCUAGUCUACCGAUUCCAGCAGGCGUAGCCACGAUUACAUUCAACAACGAUGGUGUAGCACAACAAACGAACUCGGGCAGUCGCGGCAAGGGAUUGUUUUACGACCUCUAUGGGAGUGGACAUAGUGCGGGCGCAACCACCGCAUGGGCUUGGGGUGUCAGCCGAAUCUUGGAUGUCAUCGAGGCGGAUACAACCAAGAAGAUUGAUGUCACCAGGAUUGGUGUGACUGGAUGUUCCCGCAAUGGAAAAGGUGCUCUUAUCGCAGGAGCGCUUGAUGACCGUAUUGCCCUUACUCUGCCACAAGAGUCUGGUUCCGGCGGAGCGGCUUGCUGGAGAAUUUCGGACUUGGAGGAGGCCGCUGGCAAGAAGAUCCAGACCGCACACGAGAUCAUCGGAGAGAACGUCUGGUACUCAAAGCGCUUCGAUCCUUUUGCCACGAAGACGUCCACUUUGGCUGUUGAUCACCACAUGUUGCCAGCCCUCAUUGCUCCUCGCGGUCUUCUCGUCAUUGAGAACAAUAUCGACUGGUUGGGCCCCGUUUCCACCACUGGAUGUAUGAGAGUUGGUGCCCUCGCAUACCAGGCACUUGGAGCCACAGACAGCUUUGGGUUUUCCGAGGUCGCUCCUCACAACCAUUGCACUUUCCCAUCUUCUCAACAGACCGAAUUGACGGCUUUCAUCAACCGGUUCCUCAAAGGCGACGCGAGUGCUAAGACCGCUGGUGUUGACAAGAGUGACCAAGCCAAUGUCAAAGCAUCCACAUAUAUCACCUGGACUGCUCCUACGUUGACUUAG